ACGGCCCGUACCUCGAGAAACCGGCGGGACGCUACGGUAAAGGCAGCUGGCUGUUGUAGCGUGAAGGGACGGUGGAGCGGUGAGCGCUGGCCUCCUUAGGACCGUGCGACCAGGCCAGUCCCCUGCCAGCUCUCCCUCCGGAGCCGGGUGGUGCCUCCGGUGGCGACUGCAGCUCCACAUCAGUGCGUGCGAGGACACACUAUUCGCCACCCAGCUUCGCGAGGCCUCCGCCCGCCUGCGUGACCAGCCAGCGCCCGAUUGCGAGCAGAGGCGCCUGGCACAUAGUGGAGGUCGGGUUCCAUGGCGGAGGCGGAGACUGGCUUGGAGGCCGAGGAAGACACUGAAGAUGACACCCUGCCUUCUGACACCGUCUCCCUCAGCGACUCGGACUCGGACCUCAGCUUACCUAGUGGUGCUGAGGUGCAAGUGUUGUCCCCGGAGAGGAUUUCUGGGGAAGCCCAAGAAGACUCCGGCCCUGAUGAGCCUCCCUCGCCCCCCACGGGCGUCCCCACCACCGCAGUUCAGCCGUUCCACCUCCGCGGCAUGAGCUCCACCUUCUCCCAGCGCAGUCACAGCAUCUUUGAUUGUCUGGAGAGUGCAGUCCGGCAGGCACCGCCCUCUGCGCCCCAAACCAGUGUGACUGAAAAUGGCAACUUCAAGCGACCUGUGGCUCCCCCAAGUCAGACUCCAGCAGGGAACCUGAGCAGGGUGCAUGGGAGUACGGGCCCAACCAGGGUACCUCCUGUGCCCGAUUAUGUGUCACAUCCUGAGCGUUGGACCAAGUACAGCCUGGAAGAUGCGACUGAAGUCAGUGAGCAGAGCAAUCGUGCUGCUGCCCUGGCCUUUCUGGGUUCUCGCAGCCUGGCAUCCCCCACAGACUAUGUACCUUCCUUCAACCAGGACCCCUCUAGCUGUGGGGAGGGGAGAGUGGUCUUUACCAAACCAAUUCGAGGCAGUGAGACUAGGGCUGAAAGGAAGAGGGUCCUAAAGAAGGGGGAUGUGUCAAAUGCUGUGAGUGAGGCAUCUGUGGAGCUGGCCCAUCUGGCAGGGCCUGAGCUUGAGGAGUGGAGUGGCCACCAGGGACUGCAAGAGGCAGUGAUACCUUCAGGAGCUGACCAUCCUGGGUCCUCAUCAGAUCCCACAGGGAUGGAGGCUGUUGGUUUCCAUGGCAGCAAGAAGCGGAGCAGAGAACACUUCCGGAACAGGGACAGUAACCCGGAGGGGCCAGGGUCUGAGAGGGGACCCUCAGUUUGACUGCAGUGCUAUCUCUCCACCUCCUCACCUGCCCAGUCCAGGUGGGAAGCUGUGGGCUAUUUGUAGAAGGGGUGUCUGGGAAGCAACUCUGACUAGGACUGUGGGAAUUGUGGGACCUUAUGCCCCCGUUUCUUGGGGUGAAAAAUAAAGGUUUGGGAUAUUUCUUAAA